GCUCGGGGUAGAGCCGCGCGGUCUCGAUGUCCUUUCCUCGGUGUGCCCUGCUGUGGGCUCGGCUCCCGGCGGGGCGCGGGGCUGGGUCUCGGGCGGCCACUUGCUCCGCCCUUCGCGCCCUCGUGGGGCCUUUCCCCGGGGCUCCAGGACGCGUCCCCUGCCUGGCCGCCUCCUCCUCCUCCUCCUCUGCCUCUGGUGGCUCCAAAGCCCCGAACACGUCCUUGUUCGUUCCUCUGACAGUGAAGCCUCAGGGUCCCAGCGCCGACGGCGACGUGGGCGCCGAGCUCACUCGGCCUCUGGACAAGAAUGAAGUCAAGAAGGUCUUAGACAAGUUCUAUAAGAGGCAAGAAAUCCAAAAACUGAGUGCUGACUAUGGACUUGAUGCCCGUCUCUUCCACCAAGCUUUCAUAAGCUUCAGAAAUUACAUUAUGCAAUCUCAUUCUCUGGAUGUGGACAUCCACAUUGUCUUGAAUGACAUCUGCUUCAGUGCAGCCCACGUGGACGAUUUAUUUCCAUUUUUCUUAAGACAUGCCAAACAGAUAUUUCCUGUACUGGAAUGCAAGGAAGAUCUCCGUAAAAUCAGUGACUUGAGAAUACCACCCAACUGGUACCCAGAUGCCAGAGCCAUACAACGGAAGAUAAUAUUCCACUCAGGCCCCACCAACAGUGGGAAGACUUACCAUGCUAUCCAGAGGUACUUGUCUGCGAGAUCUGGAGUGUAUUGCGGCCCUCUGAAACUGCUGGCCCACGAGAUCUUUGAGAAGAGUAACGCUGCUGGUGUCCCGUGUGACUUGGUGACAGGUGAAGAGCAGCAGACGGUUGACCCUGAGGGGAAGCAAGCUGCCCACGUCUCUUGUACUGUGGAGAUGUGCAGUGUUACAACUCCUUAUGAAGUGGCUGUGAUCGAUGAGAUUCAGAUGAUUAGAGACUCGGGCAGAGGAUGGGCCUGGACCAGAGCACUGCUAGGACUCUGUGCUGAGGAAGUCCAUUUGUGUGGAGAAUCUGCUGCUAUUGACCUGGUCACUGAGCUUCUGUACACAACUGGUGAGGAGGUAGAGGUUCACAACUAUGAAAGGCUCACCCCCAUUUCCGUGCUGGAUCAUGCACUAGAGUCUUUAGAUAACCUUCGGCCUGGGGACUGCAUUGUCUGUUUUAGCAAGAAUGAUAUUUAUUCUGUGAGCCGACAGAUUGAAAUUCGGGGACUGGAAUCCGCUGUUAUCUAUGGCAGCCUCCCGCCUGGGACCAAACUUGCUCAAGCAAGAAAGUUUAAUGAUCCCAGUGAUCCGUGCAAAAUCCUGGUAGCUACAGAUGCAAUUGGCAUGGGACUUAAUUUGAGCAUAAGGAGAAUUAUUUUUUACUCCCUUAUAAAGCCCAGCAUCAAUGAAAAGGGAGAGAAAGAACUAGAGCCAAUCACCACCUCCCAAGCUCUGCAGAUUGCUGGCAGAGCCGGCCGGUUCAGCUCACACUUUAAAGAGGGAGAGGUCACAACAAUGCACGGAGAGGACUUGGCUUUAUUGAAGGAGAUUUUGAACAGACCCGUGGAGCCUAUACAGGCAGCAGGUCUCCACCCAACUGCUGAGCAGAUCGAAAUGUUUGCCUACCAUCUCCCUGAGACCACGUUGUCCAACCUCAUAGAUAUUUUUGUAGACUUUGCACAAGUUGAUGGACACUAUUUUGUCUGCAAUAUGGAUGAUUUUAAGUUCUCUGCAGAGCUGAUCCAGCAUAUUCCACUAAGUCUACGGGUGAGGUAUGUGUUCUGCACAGCCCCCAUCAACAAGAAACAGCCUUUUGUCUGCUCGUCCCUGUUACAGUUUGCCAGACAGUUCAGCAGGAAUGAGCCCCUGACCUUUGCGUGGUUACGCCGGUAUAUCAAGUGGCCUUUGCUUCCGCCUAAGAAUAUUAAAGACCUAAUGGAUCUUGAAGCUGUCCAUGAUGUUUUUGAUCUCUACCUGUGGCUAAGCUACCGAUUCAUGGAUAUGUUUCCAGACUCUAGCCUUGUUCGAAAUCUCCAGAAAGAACUGGAUGUCAUUAUCCAAGAUGGUGUACACAACAUCACCAAACUGAUUAAACUUUCUGAGUCACGCAAGCUUUUGAAUUUGGAGAGCUCACAGUCAGGGAACCAGUCACAGUUGUCAGGAACCUUAAAGAGCCCAGCAAAAAGGACACGUGGCACCAAAAGUGCAGGGGGUAAAGCUGCAGAGCCACUCAGCUCCGGUGCCAGCGAGCUGCCCCUUGCUUCCAGGCUGGUGCAGCAAGGACUCCUCACUGCAGACAUGCUGAAGCAGCUCCAGAAAGAGUGGCUGACGCAACAGCCGGAACAUGGCAGAGAAAAGGCAGGGACAAGAAGAAAGAAGAAGGACCCCAACUCUGAUUAGGCUUUUUAAUUUUGCAAAUAAAAAUCAAUUUUAAAUCCUUAUGCACAUGGCAUUCACUGCCUGUGAUAGGAUUGUGGGCAUCUUGCAUUAUUUUUUUUUUCAUAGAACAGUAAAUUCCUAAAGCCAUCUAAAGUACUUUUUCAAAACUUUAAAAUAGGGCGUCUUCAAGGUUUUUCCUAAGUGUUCAUAGUGGCCUUUCGUAGAGCAGCCCUGAGACACUGCUGUUCCAGAAAUCCUGCACAUAUCAGCUUGGGGGAUUGUUAGGCCUGUUUCUGAGGAUGUCAUAGGUGGAAUUCUGUGGCACACAGUGCUGUCUAUUACACCCACUACCAGAGAUUGUUCUAAGAAGCUGAAAAGAUGGAGUACAGCUCAGCAGAGCAAGGACGCUUGUGUCUCUUGUGCACUGCUGUAACCACUGUGUGUGGGCUAGUGUGGAAGCAGUGUGACUCUGAAAUGAGCGCACACACGUGUAGAAAGAAGUGAUGGGGAAGGUCAGCUCCCUCAGGACGGGGCACUGUCAGACCACCCAUGUUUAAAGGCCAGUCUGCCGCACAGUGAUCUCCAUCCGCCCUGGUUAAAAAACGUAGCUAGAAGUUUAAAGACCUUAGUUCAGGCAUUGGACAGACCCGGUUCUGCCUUGUUCAACAUGGCACGUGUGAAGGCGUGGGCAGUUGUGUUCAGAGUUGCUGAAUGUUACGUGAUGGUAGGCUGUUCAGUCCCAGCCUGCACACCGCAAGUAUUUCCUAGAGUAACCUGUAGGUUUGGACCAUUCUGCCCGAGAAUGGAACUCACAGGUCAUUCUGAGACUUAAACCAGUUUCCUACGUGUGUGCUAAUCAAAGCUGACUCCAGAGUGGAGGCUCGAGGAACAGCCAGAUACGCCGUGGUAUUCAUGUGUCACAGCUUUUCUUCAGGGUGCUGAGGAGUUGGGGUGACAUUAUCUAGAAGGCAGUCUUCAUCUCAGACCUCUGUCUUCAUGGGAGCAAAGACUGAGAAGUGCUGUCCUUCCUUGUGGGGAACGGAGUGGAGUGCCUAGGAGAGCGUGUGGGUGUCCUGUGCUGGACAACGCCAGGUUCCAGAAUCAACUUUACUCUGUCUACGUGGUCUCACAAAAUCCUCAAGGACUGAAGCCGACGGCAGGGCUUUCACAAAGGGAAGGGACUCUCAGGAAGAGCUGCACGAGUGCUUAGCUGAAGGUCCUUGAACAGAGGGACAGGAGGCCAUGUGGUUUAGCAGAAGAGACUGGAGAUGUCACCAAGGAGCACAAGCGGGAACUGAUUGGAGUGGUGCUGAGCUGAUCUCAACACCACUGAUCUGAGCAGCUU